AUGAAGCUGCCCUGGGAGCUUGGAGCAGAGGCAAAGCAGCUGCAGCUCAGCUUCCUCACGCCCCUCCUCUUCUGCUUCCCUCCCACGCCAGUCCCUGGAUCUGCGGUUGUUGUACCUGCUCUCCCAGCUCUGCUCGGAGCUGUGGCAGUGAGAACAAAUGCUGUCUGUGACCUGAGCCCUUCAGCAAAUAACCCCUGGUCAGCUCUGUCGCCAUACAUUACCACUCACGAGGAGGGCAAGAGCAGAGCAAAAGCCAGUUCUCAUCCCAAGGGACGGGUUGAGCAGCAGCUGCUGAGUGAUAGUGUGUGCAGUCCUGUGAGGAGCAGCAUUGCAAACUGGGAAAUUGAAAUGAAGAGAAAUACAAAAAAGUUGUUGCUGUGGCUGCUGAUGUUCUUCUCUGAUACUGUGCCAUUCAGCUAUGAGAAAUCGAUGAAAGAGCGAGCUAUCGAGUUGAUGCAAGAUACGCGUUUAAUCGAUGGCCACAAUGACUUUGCACUGCGGCUGAGAAUAUUUUACCAAAAUAGACUCAGUAGAGUCAACUUAAGAGAACUCAACAAGACACACACAAACCUUGCAAAACUUCAGGCUGGUUAUGUGGGAGCUCAGUUUUGGUCAGUGUAUGUUCUUUGCAGCGCUCAGAACAAGGAUGCUGUGCGUCUGACCUUAGAGCAAAUUGAUGUUGUCAAGAGGAUGUGUAACAGCUAUGAAGAGCUUGAAUUUGUGACAACUUCCCAAGGUAUCUCUGACAGUAGAAGGAUCGCGUGUUUGAUUGGAAUAGAAGGUGGUCACUCCAUUGACAGCAGUUUGGCAACACUGUCUGAAUCAUCAUCUAAAGGAACACAUAACUUUUAUCCUACUGUUAUUGGUCUGACUGCAUUUGGCCAAGAAGUGGUAAAGGAGAUGAAUCGCCUGGGUAUGUUGAUAGAUUUAUCUCAUACUUCGUAUUCCACAGCAAAAGCUGCACUGAGUAUCUCAAAAGCACCAGUAAUUUUCAGCCAUUCCUCGGCAUUUUCUAUUUGUAAUCACUCAAGAAAUGUUCCUGAUGAUAUCCUCCAGCAACUGAAAAAGAACAAGGGAAUUAUCAUGGUGACUUUCAAUGCAAAUGUACUGGCCUGUGGCAGAAAAGUUGUUAAUGUUUCUACCCUUGCAGAUCAUUUUGACCACAUAAAGAAAAUUGCAGGUUCAGAAUCAAUAGGAAUUGGUGGUGACUACGACGGAGUGGAACGUUUCCCUGAAGGACUGGAAGAUGUUUCUAAAUACCCUUCUUUGAUUGAGGAACUUCUUAGAAGAGGAUGGAAUGAAACUGAACUGAAAGGGGUCUUAAGGGACAACUUUCUUCGUGUCUUCAGGGAAGUGGAAAAUGUGCGGAACAUUAGUGGACUAGCGGAUGUAGGUGAAAGUGAAAUUCCACAAGAAGAAGUACAAAAUUCCUGUCGCCUAGACCUACAUAAUCGACAGCUUCAGACAGCCAGGUCCUUUGGAUUUCCUUCUGUGUCAAAACCUUUUAGUCUGACAGUAGUUGUAUCAUAUUUAAUAAUAUAUUAUGAAUCAUAAGACCUAUGGAGUC